UGGUGAGGAAAACAACUCGAAGAUUUCGAAUGAAGAUUACAUUAGUCAGCUCAUUUCCGAAUGUCAUAAUGCGUACGACUAUUACGGUGAAUCCGACGCGGAGACAGGCCUUGAUGUCGAAUCAUUAGCUGCAUCUGAUUCUGGGAGUCGCAAUCGUCGGUCAUCAUGAGUGAGGUAUGUAUGUAAUCAAUGUUGUAUGGAAGUAAUGUUAUACCAUAGAAAACUGUUUUCAUGGCUAUGUUAUGAUUGUGUAGGUGACAUAAGUUGAGGGGAAAAAGAAUGUCCAAGAUACUGCUAGUGCAGAUGAUAAGAGGGAUAUGUUCAUGCAGAUAAUACAAAUGACUUUUACGUCUCACGAGGCUGCGUAUGAUUUCUACAACAGCUAUGCUAGAGAUAAUGGUUUCAGCAUUAGAAAGAAUAGGGUCAGGUAUAGCAAAACCGAGUCACGUCAUAUGCGUUAUAGGCGGUUUGUUUGUUCCAGACAAGGAAAAUGUGACAGCAGGUUGCUAACCGAGGAAGGACACAGCCGUAGGCUCAGACCCGAGACACGCUGCCACUGCGAAGCGCACCUGACCGUGAAGCUUGACCAAAAGCGUGGGGUUUGGUAUGUUGAUAGUUUUGAGGACAAGCAUAGCCAUAUCUUGGUAGGACCGGAUGAGGUACCUUUUCUUUGGUCCCACAGAAAAAUCAAAGAGUACCAGAGAGCUGAGAUACUGUCCAUGGGAGCUGCAGGGAUUAGAAUUCACGACAUGAUGGAUACCUUCAUCAACAAACAUGUAUGGUAUGGCGGUGUUGGUUUUACCAGGCGUGAAAUAUACAACCUUUACGCCAGGGAGAAGAGGAAGCUGCUUUCAAAAGGUGAUGCUGCCACAGUCAUAGGCAUCAUGGUCAGUAGGAAACAGAGGGAUCCUAGCUUCUUUUUCGAGUACAAGCUAGACAAGGAAGGACAUAUGAAUAGGAUGUUCUGGUGUGACUCCCAGUCUCGUCAUGACUAUGAGGACUUCGGCGACGUGCUUGUAUUUGACAGCACGUACAAGAUGAACCGGUAUGGUAUGCCAUUCAUACCCUUUGUUGGUCUUAACAAUCACCGGAAGACCACUGUUUUUGCUUGUGCCAUAGUUUCGGACGAGACCGAAGAGACAUAUGUGUGGCUGCUGGAGACUUUCUUGAGGUCCAUGUGUCAAAAGAUGCCGAAGAGUGUUAUCACGGACGCCGACGCUGCGAUGAUCAAGGCAAUUCGCCAAGUCUUGCCAGACGUGUGGCACCGUAUAUGUACGUGGCAUAUAGAGAAAAAUAUGAAGAUUCACCUCAGUCACAAGUCCUUGAAGGAGUUCCGAACUCUUCUGUACUACAGCACGUCCACGGCCACGUUUGAGGAGAGAUGGCACGCGUUUUCCAAAAGAUGGCAGUCGGAAAAAACAGUAACAUGGUUGAGACGGAUGUAUAAGAAGAGGAGACUGUGGGCUACGGCUUAUCUGACAGAGGGUUUUUGGCUUGGCAUGAAAAGCAACCAGAGGAGUGAAAGUCUAAACUCAUGCCUUCACCUUCACCUAGACGGUGAAAUGACCCUGGUGGAUAUGAUUUUGCACUAUGAGAACGCCGUUGUACGUAUCUGUGAGAAUGAGGCACGAGAUGAUUGCACGGCCUCACAGAGUUUACCGGUGCCAGUUACUAGCUCGAGGGAACUUGAGAUAGCUGCUUCUGACGUCUUCACUCCAGCAAACUUCUAUAUGUUGCAAGCUGAUCUUAGGAAAAUUGGUGGCAUCGAGAUUGUAGAAAUAAAGCUCGGAGACGGAUCACAGCAGUACAUCGUGGCCUGGAAGAAUAACUGGAAGAGCCGUUUUUGGGUGGAGUACACUCCAGUAAAUUCCGCAGAAACUAUAAGGUGCAGCUGCAGAAGAAUGAUUCGAAAGGGUCUACCUUGCAAGCACAUAUUCCAUGUACUGAAGUACUUGAAUAUAUCUGAAAUACCAAAGUGUUUAGUUCUUGUGCGGUUCACGAAAGAUGCAAGGUUGGGACUGCCCGCCAGGCGCACAAGCGAUCUGUUGGGAUUUGGAUGGACUGGAGCAGCUGAAGAAAUGAAAUAUAGCCAGGUCAGUGUGUUGGCUUCAGAAGCUAUGCAUGCAGCAUGCAAACACCCAACUUUGUGGGAUCAGUUACAGGAGAGUUUGAAGACCGUGAUAGCUAAGAGCCAUGAGUAUGAUCAGCUAAAGGAAAAUUUGAGUAAGAAAACGGCUGAUCUUAGUACUUGUGCAAUUGAAUAUGUAGACGAUGGUGAAGGCAACAUAGUUGAAGUUCAUGAUCCUAUUAAAGUAUCAACGAAAGGUGCAACUAAGGUAGAUGAGAACCGCCCUAUGUCGAAAAAUGGUAGGCCACUUUCGUACGACGAGAUCAGAAUCAGGUGCGGCGCAUGCAAAUUGCUAGGGCACACUAAACGCAGCAAGAAAUGCAAACUAAAUAAGAAAAGCGUGGUGGGCGAAGAAGAGUAGAACAGUUGCUAAAGUUAUGUUAGGAUGAAUCCAGUGAUCUAAUAGUGAGGUGUUUACAAUGUGUUACUGCAUACAUGAUACAUGAUAUAUACUAUUGCAAGAGGCCAGUACC